GCCCUCCCCUCGCAGGGCACUGGGGACUCCUGCAGCCCACACAGCACUGUCUCUUUGUUUUCCAGGUGCUGAGGGCCUGAAUCCCCAACUGCUGGCUGCUCCUGAGAUCACAGGGAAAGCAGGCUCGGCUCCCAAGUGGGAGCUUGGGAAAUGCAACUCACACCAGAUGCUGGGGCCUGUGUGCUGUGUGCUGCCUAAGAGGAGCAGGAACCUGUGCCGGCAGCCCGGUACCGGAAGCCAUGGGCAGCAGGGAAGAUGAGUCCAGGAGCUGUGUGGUGUGUGGGGACCGAGCCACAGGCUACAAUUUCCAUGCCCUGACUUGUGAGGGCUGCAAGGGUUUCUUCAGGCGCGUGGCGAACAAAAGCACCAGGCGCACCUGCCCCUUUGCUGGAAGCUGUGAAGUCAGCAAGGCCCAGAGGCGCCGCUGCCAGGCCUGCAGGUUGCAGAAGUGUCUGGAUGCCGGCAUGAGGAAAGACAUGAUACUGUCGGCCGAAGCCCUGGCAUUGCGGCGAGCCAGGCAGGCGUGGCGGCGGGCGCAGCAAGUACCAAUGAAGGAGCAGAAGGUGCUGAUCAGCAUCCUCCUGGAGGCCCACACCUGCCACGUGGCCACCAUGUUCGACCAGUUUGUGCAGUUCAAGCCUCCAGCACACCUCUUCAGCCACCAGCGGCCUCUUUCCGCCCGGGACCCUGUGCUGCCUCUGCUCACGCACUUUGCAGCUGUUGAUACCUUCAUGUUGCAGCAAAUUAUCAAGUUCGCCAAGGCUCUGCCCCUUUUCCGGUCCCUGCCCAUGGAGGACCAGAUCUCCCUUCUCAAGGGAGCAGCAUUGGAAAUAUAUGCCAUUGCACUCAAUACCACUUUCUGUCUUGAGACACAACACUUCUUGUGCGGGCCUCUUCGCUACAGGGUGGAAGACGCAAUCCAUGCAGGGUUCCAGGAAGAGUUUGCGGAGCUGUUGUUUCGUUUCCAGAGGACACUGAAACAACUGCGGCUCCAGGAGCCCGAGUAUGUGCUCAUGGCUGCCAUGGCCCUCUUCUCUCCUGAUCGGCCUGGAGUUACCCAGAGGGAAGAGAUUGAGCAGCUGCAAGAGAAGAUGGCACUGACUCUGUACAGCUACAUCAGGGAGCAGCAGUCGAGGCCCGGGAGCCGGUUUCUUUACGCAAAGGUGCUGGGCCUGUUGACUGAGCUCCGGAGCAUCAAGAGCAAUUACUGGUACCAAGUGCAGCGCAUCCAGGGACUGUGUGAAAUGAUGCCGCUGCUCCAGGAGAUUUGCAGCUGAGGGGCCACUGUCUCCUCUCCCCACCGGGCUGCAGAGGGGAGGUGGUGGAGUAAGGGGCUCAGUGGUUUCAAUGAAAGACUAAAGCAACAGUGCCCUUCAUGCGGUCAUUGGGGAAGUUGGGGUGACCGUGGGGACAUAGUUUGGGUGGAGGAAGCCUCAGGGAGAAGAGGCAAAGCCCCUCCUGGUGAUGGGUGGGCCCCAUUUUCUGAGGUGAAAGACUUUGCCCUUCACCCUGUUUCUCAGCUUGAGAGGCUCUUAGGUGGGAAAAUGGGUUGGGGAGCGAAUCCCAGGCAGACUUUUCUGCUCUGAAGAAGGGUGCAGGAGCUUUAAUCCCAGGGAAAUUGGGCCGGACACACCCCUCAGCCUCUCCCCGAGUCCCCCCAGCCCACGGAGAGGAUGAAAGCGGGGUUGGGGGCAAAGAGAACCCGCAGACCCUGGCCGCAUCGGGUGAUGCUUUGGCAGCUCCUGUUCUGAAGAGCCCAUCUCCCGCCCCUACUCUGUUCUUGGGAGUGUGGGUCCCCCCGGAAAGUGGGCUCGGGCCCUGCUUCGGGGCUGGCCCUGGGACCAGCACAGCCUCCUGCGGUGCUGGGGCCACAGAGGAAUCUAGUGCACCAGUGACUGAAGAAGCCUGCAAGGGCCAUGGCGAAGGGCGGCCAGCUGCUCCCCCCGCAUGGCGCCCGCACGCUGGAGACUCUCCACCAGCCCCUCCACACCGCCUGGGCCUGUGGUAACCAAGGACAGGGCUGUGUCCUAUGGCUUUGUGCUUAAAUCCACGCCAACCGGAACCCUGCAGGCCAGGAUUUCCUGCGGUCUCGGUGUCUGUGUAGUCAUGGCUCCCACACUCUCCUUGGAAAUGCCCAGUCAGGAACUUGGCCUGCUCCAUGUGGAAGACGGCCUGGGCCAGUGGCGCUCCAUCCACAGAACCAGCCCCUGGGCAGUGGGCCUGCCUCUGCUGUCCACACCCCCUGCAGUGGACAGCUCUGCAGACUAAGCGGCAGGUCCUCACAGGGCUGCAUGGAGGUGAUGGAGCUGAGGCACCAGGUGCACAGCGUGAGCCACCUGGAAAGUGCCCCUUGGUGCCAGGCUUACUGCGGCCCCAUACUGGCCCAGAGAAUGGGGGUCACCAUCCCAGACCUGCCACUUCCCUCUCCCUCCAGCCCACGCUGCUUAUCUUGAUAGGGGCAGCCUGUGAGUCCAGUGUCUUUCUUCCACCUUGUUCUACCUCCAUGCAAUAAGGGAUGGAUAAAGCCAGAUUGUUCCUCAGCUCUGAAAGAGCUCAACAGCUUUUCAAGGGCGCAGCUGCUCGCACCUGUUGGAAGGCGGGGGUCCCGUUACACACAGGCACUUGGACCUGCGCCCACCCUUCCUCCUGCUCUCCGCCUUUCCAGCCCCGCUCCUGUGGCAGAGAUCUCAAGGUCAUCCGCCAUCCACUGUCUCCCAGAGGGGACAGCAAGUCCUUCCUGGUUCUGAGCAGCCUGCAGGCCCUCGCAGGAAACAGCUAGUAACAUUCUUCACCUUUUCUAAAAAGCCUGCGAAAGGAAGAGAGGCUUUGAUAAUGCAAACAAGAUAAUUACAUACAAUGGAUUUUCCUCUCUGAUCUGCUUAGUUCCUUAAUUUAUUCAGCAAAUAUGUAUUUAGUAUGUGCUGGGCACUGUUUCGGGUGCCACUGCAGAUUUGCUGGUAAAUCAGACAGAGCAAAUUCUUGCUCUCUGGGGUUCACGUUCUGUAGGGACUGGUUUCGGAGGAGGGUAGACUUGAACUGGUGGUUUUCAGUCAUCUUUUAGGUCACAGCUCCCAAUCAAAACGGGAGCAAUUUGUGAGAUUCCUUCUCCCCACACACAACAGAAUCAGAAGUUUUCUAGGACGAUACUUGCUCCAUUUACAUAUAAAGAGCUAAAAAAAUUGCCUUAUUAAGACUGAAAUGAAUUUUUUAAAAUCCCAAAUAAGCAAAAAAAAAGCAAAAAGAUUCAGGCAAGAUUUUAGUGACUGCACAGGGAAGGUUUUUGCUGGCAAGGUGCUUGCAGUUCAGACCCGCAAGGUCAGUACUGCCUGCGCGCACUCGUGGGCCUGCAGUCUCCUUUGCUUUAGUCAGUUUCAAAGGCUAAAAUCGUCAUGUGUACAGAGAGCUACUUGUGGCCAGUAAUGAUAAGGUUAUGGUUUGGAAUUGAAAGGUUCCCCAAAGGUCACGUGUUGAAGGCUUGGUCACCAGCCUGCACUGCUGAUGGCAGGUGAUAGAACCUUUCAGAGGCAGGCCCAAGAGGAAGGAGUUUCAGUCCCUGGGGCCUCGAGGUGGAUACUGGGACGAAGCCCCUUCUCUUUCUCUUUCCGCGUCCCGACCACCAUGAAGAGCGCAGCUCAGCUGUGUAACAUGCUCCCUGUGGGAUGUUCCUCAGCACAGGCCCAAGACCACAGGGCUGAGUGACCGUGGACUGAAGCCUCUGGACCAAUGAGCCAAAAUAACCUCUCCUUCUUUCAAAUUGUUUUCUCAGGUAUUUUGUCACCACACCAGAGAGCUGACUAACACAAUAAGGAUGCCUUCUUUCUGCCUAGCGAUGAAAAUUCUUUAAUUUUACUUGGAAAUGAUAAUAAAUUUCUUAUCUUGUGAUCAUUCA